UCAACGUAGAACGCCACUCCUGGAAAUGCGAAACAAAAUGCUGCAUUAAAUAACUUUCAGCUUCGGUCGCAGAACAGAAAAGAGGAUGGAAAAAGGAGASGAUCCGUAUCAAAUUCUGGGGUUGUCCAGAUCCGACGUCGCCCUUGAUCCAUCAUGUAUCAAAAAGAAUUUUCGACAAUUAGCUCGCAUCCAUCAUCCAGACAAGAACCGUGGCGAAGACAGUCGCAUUGCGGCUAGGACGUUUGCAAARAUAAACCACGCCUAUGAAGUUCUUCGAGACGACGAAUCCCGGAGGAGUUAUGAUCUAUCUCAGCUUCAUUCUAAACAAGGAUACGACCCCAACGGCCCGAGAUACUAUGACCAGAAUCAGAACAAGAGCAACCAUGCAAAGUUCGAUGGCAAGAACCACACAGCUUCGAAUACAAAAAAGUUUUCAGAUUCGACAAGGAGGAGUACGUGUUCUCCCGUAAAACCGCAAACACAAUUCCAAACGUUAGAUAGGAGCAACACGUCUGGCUUUAGAAUCGCCUCAGUUACUCAAGUCGACAAGGUUUCCGGAGUAACCAAAAGAAUUAAUUUUAAAACAGCUUCGGAUGGAACAAAAACGAUAGAUAUCAAAUCAUCCGACAGGACGGGAUCUUCUUAUUUUGUUCCUCGUCUCACUGAAGAGAAGCGCCAACAACUCUACAAACUCUUUCAGGACAACUUUGGAACAGAAAAGGCAAAUGAAUAUUUUAACGGCAAAGAAAUCGAAUGCCAUAGUGCCAAUAGAGGUCCUCGCCAGAAACAUAAGUCGACGAAGUCAAAACCAGUUCUGAUAAGGAAAAAGGAUACCGAGAGGAGCAGAACGGAAAAACUGUUUGCACCCAGUAGCCCAAGAACGGUUUCUGUAGCUUUCGAUGGUAAUGCAGCGCACACAUUUCAAACGGAAGAAGAAAAGAAAAAGAAUAGGGUACACUUAUCUGGUGCAAACAAGAGAGUUAUGUCGACGACUAAGAAAUACAGUUGUAUUGGCCCCGGCAAUAUCGACUUCCUUGAAAAAUAUGAGGGAAACAUUCAAAGCAUAUCAACGAAAGAACGAGUCGUCGUCAAUCCGAAUUCAAAACACAAAGAAGUUUUGGUCGAAAUCACUGUAACCAUGUUUGAUGGAUCUUCUGAAACGCACAAGGAACGACGUCGAGUCCGCUAGAAAAGCCCGAGGAUGAAGUGUCUAAUAUUAUGUUCUAUUCAGAUUGAUUCCAUUCCUUCCUUAGUGAAACUACUAAUGGUCACUUCUUCAUUCUACGAUACAUCCAACAUUCCUCGUGUCUGUUUCAAAUUCCUCUCCCCUCUUGCCAACUCUCUGCCACAAAUUGACAACUUUUCUACUACUAGUGCCAUUUUUUUCACAGUUUAGCAAUUCUAUCUAAUUGGAAAAGAAAAUCUCAUUGCAUGU